UGGCGCCUCCUCCUCCUCCUCCUCUCUCUCUCUCUCCCUCUCCCUCGCCGGGCGGGGCAGCAGGACUUCCAGCAGUAGCAGCAGCCGACGGAGCGAGAGGAGAGGAAGGGGAGCCGGGCAGGAGGGCGCCCUUCGGCUUCUCCGAUUGUAAAAGAUGGUGGAUCGCUUGGCAAACAGUGAAGCAAAUACAAGGCGAAUAAGCAUAGUGGAAAACUGUUUUGGUGCUGCUGGACAGCCUUUAACUAUUCCUGGCCGUGUACUGAUUGGUGAAGGAGUACUAACAAAGCUGUGUAGGAAGAAGCCCAAAGCACGGCAGUUCUUUUUAUUCAAUGAUAUCCUUGUUUAUGGUAACAUUGUUAUCCAGAAGAAGAAAUACAAUAAACAGCACAUAAUUCCCCUGGAAAAUGUAACUAUUGAGUCCAUCCAGGAUGAAGGGGAUCUCCGGAAUGGAUGGCUUAUCAAGACCCCGACUAAAUCUUUCGCUGUGUAUGCUGCCACUGCCACAGAAAAAUCUGAAUGGAUGAACCACAUAAACAAAUGUGUCUCUGAUUUGCUUUCUAAAAGUGGGAAGACUCCCAGUAAUGAACAUGCAGCUGUCUGGGUACCUGAUUCUGAAGCUACUAUUUGUAUGCGUUGCCAGAAAGCAAAAUUUACUCCUGUCAAUCGUCGACACCACUGCCGAAAAUGUGGGUUUGUUGUCUGUGGGCCUUGUUCUGAAAAGAGGUUUCUUAUUCCCAGUCAAUCUUCCAAACCUGUGCGAAUCUGCGACUUCUGCUAUGACCUCCUUUCCACAGGAGAGAUGGCUACAUGCCAGUCCGCAAGAUCAGACUCUUACAGUCCAUCACUGAAGCCUCCUUUAAAUGAUAUAUCAGAUGAUGACGACGACGAUGACAGCAGCGACUAAGCCGUGAAAAAGAGUAUUUUCAUGUUGCAACUGGUAUCUGAACUUGAAUUGCUGUAUGAGGAAACCUCUCGUAACAGGUUCUUUUGAGAGAGGCCAGCCUAGCCAUAAAACUUGCCUGAAAAACCUUCAGCUCAAAUGUGCCUCAAUAUGAGAAUAUCUUAUAUCUAUCAUUACUUUUUUUCUCCAGGGACAAGACAGUUGUGAAUUUAUCAUUUCCCAGCUUUGUAUACUUGAUUUCCUACCUAGGUGUGAGUUAAUCAUCUUUCCCUUCCCCCAUCUUCCCCACGAAGCAAUUGAAAAAUCAAGCACAAAUUGUGUUUUCUUUUUCUACCAACAAACAAUCCCUUUUUGUUUGUCAAUGUUAUCUUAUGGUUUACUUUUCAUAUUAAGAUGAAACUAAGCCUGCUCAAAACUGUGGUAUUUUGGUUAGCACAUUAAAUAGGACAUCUUAACAAGACUUUUGAAACUGAUGUUAUAUGAUGACCCUUUGUAAAAUAAAUGCAUACUGUAAUGUCAUUAACAUUUUAAAAUAUUAUGCAAGAUGUCAUACACCAAGCAGUGCCUUGUAAUGACUGCACUGUUGCAGGAAGAAACUAACGUGUUUUACCCUCUGGCAUGCAGCAGACUAAGAAAUAUUUGGUGCUAUUGACAAUAAUUGUUGUUGUCCCUUGCACAAAAAAAAAUCAUUAGGAUGUUGGAUAAAAACAGAUACAGUACUGUUGUGAAGUCCCUAUUAUGAGCUCCCAUAAAUGUGGUUCAUCCACAACAGGAAAGAAACUUCUGGAAUUAGUGACUUGUAAGAAAGUAGAUCACUUUCAAAUAGUUCUGAUAUUUUGUGACUUUCAAAAUUAAGUGUUUAUAGUUAUCAGGUAUUGGUGAUUGAAAACUGUAUUGCUUUGGACCAUGGUAUGUAUUGUAAUGUUUUUGAUUUCAUAUUUAUAAAACCUAAUUUGUUGGAUAUGUCACUAAUUUUUUAAACUUGAGGAAUGGGUUUUUAAAAAUAACCAGAAUGUGUUUUUGAAGCACAACAUGAAAAAAAUGUCCCAGUCAUCCAGCCGAAAAAUAUGCUUUCAAAACGUCCAUCCUCUGUACACAGCUGACCUCGAGAUAGAAAUGAACUGCAGAUGACUUCAUUUAAAAUAUAUAAAUCCAGGAGCAGGACAAAUAAUGCAAAAUGUGUUUCCAAUAAAGUAUUUACUUUUUACUGUUAACAACAUUCUUUUCUAUGAUGAUGUCAAUUUUAGAGAAUUAUCAAUUUAGCUCUGUGAAGUUUUGUAAAACCUUGCCUGAGACAUAUCUAUAUUUUUAUAUAACUGUAGUAUAUUCAAUCAGUUUAUGUUCAGUUCCCUGAGAUAACUGUGCAGGAAGUCGGGAAUUAGUACCUGAAAAUUUAUAAAAAGUGUUGAAUGUUGUUUGUACAAAAAAAGGAAUAGUAUAUAGACAGUUUCUGCACUGUGUGCCUCAUCAGGCAGUAGUUUGGGUCUAUUUAUUGAAUAAACAAUAAUUUCUGCAUCUUGCACUAGUAUCCCAGUCCGUAAUUUGGCUGCUGUAGUACAGAUGUCAGUGUUGGAAAAAAAGUGAGGUGAUUGUAUCGGUGAUGUGGAACAAUUUUCAUUUACUUUGAGUGUAUGUUGGGAAAGGUUUUGUACAGAUUGUGCAGCAACAGCGCCCAACAGAUUAUGCCUGUUCAGAGCAGUAGGACAUACAUUCAGCAAUUAUUUACCAGCUAGAUUAGUCAAUUGCUGAAUGUUAAGUCAACACUUAUUAAAAUCUUCUUUAGCUGGAACUAACAACUAGAUUUACAUCUGGCUUUCCAGCUGAUAUUCAAAUACCUGGACAGUGGUAACAUCGGAGAGACUGCAGUUAGUUUGCAUGGCAGUUCAGAGAGGAAUAUGCUUGAUCACAUUUCACGAGAAAUUCCAUGAAUCCACACAACUUGGUCAUAUGACCUGUUCAGAAAGAGCUUUUGGAAAGAUAGUGUUUAAAUGCGACACCUAAAAUAUAAUCAAAUAUUUUCAUUAGGUUGACCAUCUUAUGGUAUGCUAGAAAAUAUACAUAGCAGUAAACCAUGGUUGAGUAUUACAAUAAAUCUUGGGUUUUCAUGCUCUCCUUUCUCCUUCAAUACAGUUACGCAUUGACUGGAAGGUUUAUUUUUAACUUACAUGAAUUUCGUUUUAUUUUCAAAUUUUGAUUAGCAUGGAACAUGCACGCCUGAAUCUUACCGAGGAUUGUUUUGAUGCUAACCCAUGUUUUUGGCAGUUUCUCAGAGUUUCUUUGCUUUGUUCUGCAACAGGCAUAAUAAACCAAGCCAUAGAUUAUGAUAACACUAAAAACCAGUGAAGCAAUUGUUUGUAGUUGAUGCCUGGAAAUAGAGGAUUUUAAAGAAAACCACAGUAUGCAGUGUUUUUUGUGUUUCUUUGGAAGAAGUCCACUGAAAUAAUUGAGGCUUCCCAUCCAAGUUAGCAUUGGUGGGAGCUGGCUACAAGGGUAAUCAGUUUGUUUUGCUGAAGGAUUAAUUUGAAGAUCUCCCCUUACCCAUAUCACAGACAUGAACUAUGCUGAGGUAGUUCUUCUUUCUUCUACUUAUCUUCUAUUUUCAGAAGACUGAAUAUUCAGUAUUGAAUGUCAUGCUUGUAAUUGCUCAGUUAUCUUUUAAUGCUGCACAAAUGCUUUGGCACUUUCUACUUGCAGGAAGAUUAAUUCUUCGUUUGGCAAAAUUCUUUGCCUAUCAACCUCUAUCCCCAUCAUUAUCUUUGAAUUGAAUUCACACUAUAAUUCAAUUGAUCCUUAAAGCUGUUACCAAAUUGACAUCAUAGGACAAAAUAAUCCUAGGAACCAGAGUUUGGAAAUAGGUUACUGCUUCUGCGGUAUUGGUCUGAAUUUCAUUAUGUAAGAUAACUGUUUCUCUUCUGUAUUAGUCAAACUUUUAAAAGGGCUUAAUAAAUGGUUUUAUAACUUGCA